CGCAACAGUUUGGGAUUAAGAACUGAAACUUGCCCUUUCCCAGAGCCUCUGGGUGCCAGGACCAGCGCCUCCUGUGGUGGGCAACUGGCCAUCAACAGAUUGGCACAGGCCACUUGUCCUACCACCUCCUGGUCGCCCCCACCUUUCCCUCCCUCAAGGCCAAGGACAGAGACGUCCUCCUCCCCCUUCUCCUCCUCUUUGGUGCCUCCAGCCAGGAGGCGGGAGUGACCCACAGCAGCUGACCCAGCUCGGGCACUGCCUCUUCCACAGCCCUUAGGACACACCAUGGGCCCAGAGGCUGGUUUGUGGCACACUAGCGAGGACGCAGGAGGUGGCGCCGGCAACUCUCAACUGCCUCCCUGACCACUGUGACAACCUCCCCGAAGCCAUCGCCACCACCUGCAGUGGAAUCUAACCGCGGAAAGUCCAUCGUCCCUAUCGACCAACAGCUACGUAAACAACUAUGGCGGGAGAGAGGUGGCGGGCCGAGGGGCUGGGAGAAGGAUGGGCCAUCUACGUCACACCCAGAGCCCCCAUCCGGGAGGGAAGACGGAGGCUCGCCACUCAAAAUGGCGACGGCAGUGACGCGCCUGCGUACGGAACUCAUCCGUCGCGCCACGGACGACGGGAAGUGAGGUUUUCAGAAGAGCCGCCAGAAGUGUACGGCGACUUCGAGCCCCGGGCGGCCAAAGAAAGGUCUCCGGGGGAAAGACGAACCCCGCCAGAAAAGUUCCGGCCGGAUUCUGCGAAAGAGGAAGUGAGAGAAAGCGCUUACAAUCUUCGGUCUCGACAACGGAGGCAGCGGGGACCCCAGGAAGCCGAGGAGAUGAAGACGCGGAGGUCUACUCGUCUGGAGCAGCACUCACAGCAGGCGCAGCAGCAGCUGUCACCGGCUACGAGCGGGCGAGGAUUACGGGACGCUCAGUCCUUAAGUGAGGACCGCGGAGAGGAUGAACCUUCUUCCCAACCUGUUACAAGCCAAACAGUCUCAAAGAAAACUGUCAGGACACCAGAGACUUCAGUGAUGAGUGAAGAUCCUAUCAGUAACUUAUGCAGACCCCCAUUAAGAAGCCCAAGACCUGACGCUUCCAUUGUCCAACACAUCAACCCCUUUGAGGAAGGAGAAACCGAAGAUGAUCUUGAGAGCUCUUACAGUGACGUCACUAUCAGGAUCAGAUCCAGGGACUCUGUCGAGUCUAGAGACGAAGCCGCAGUAGCAGCCGGUCACCAUCCAGACUCACUGUGGGGGUUACCACACAGUCGGGGGGACUUCACAGCUCAUGAGAAUCAACCUUCACUGCUGCCCACAGGAUGUCAAAAAAACCCUCAAGAGUGGGUUGAACAAGCUGUGAGAAUGAGGACUAGAAUGGCAUAUAACAACAUUCAGAAAUCAGACUUUGGAAACCAAUCUCCAUCAACCUCCAGGCAACAAGCAGCUGUACAACCCCCAAAUGAGUCUUCUGUCAAGAUAAAAUGGUGGCUGCUGGUACUUGUUGCUGCUCUGGCCAUGGGAAUAUUUUGGUUCUUUCAUACUCCUGUAGUAGAAACCACUGCUGUUCAGGAAUUCCAGAACCAGAUGAAGCAGCUCCAGUCUAAGUACCAGAGUCAAGAUGAGAAACUGUGGAAGAGAGGCACAACAUUCCUAGAAAAACAUCUGAAUAGCUCCCUCCCUCGGCCCCAGCCUGCCAUCCUACUGCUCACUGCAGCUCAGGAUGCUGCGGAAGUGCUCAAGUGUCUGAGUGAACAGAUCGCCGAUGCCUACUCUUCCUUCCGCAGUGUCCGUGCCAUCCGGAUCGACGGAGCAGGCAAAGCUGCUCAAGACAGUGACCUCGUCAAGCAUGAAGUUGAUCAGGAACUGACAGAUGGAUUUAGAAAUGGCCAGAAUGCAGCUGUGGUCCACCGCUUCGAAUCCCUGCCUGCAGGCUCAACCUUGAUCUUCUAUAAAUACUGUGACCAUGAAAACGCAGCCUUCAAAGAUGUGGCCCUCGUCUUGACUGUACUGUUGGAGGAGCAGACGCUGGAAGCCAGUCUAGGCCUAAAGGAAAUUGAGGAGAAAGUGAGGGAUUUCCUUAAAGUCAAGUUCACCAGCUCUGACACGGCCAGCUCCUACAACCACAUGGACCCAGACAAGCUCAAUGGACUCUGGAGCCGCAUCUCCCACCUCGUGCUGCCCGUGCAGCCUGAGAACGCUCUGAAAGCAGGCAGCUGCUUAUGAGGGAAAGAAGCGGAAAUCCUGUCUCGAGUUUGAACCGUUUUCAGACUUUGUAACCAGAGACGGAUUUUGGAGCAGUUUUUGAAAACUGGUUUCUUUUUAAAGGAAGUAAAGUUCAUACAUAAAGGUGGAAUAACUAAAUCAUUUAUGCAGCCUACUUCUCUGUGAUUUGGGAGAAUCGUUUUUCUAUUUCCACCUAGAACCAUGUUAAAGAUAUUUAGCAUAGUGCACAAUAUAUGCAGUCCCCGAGUGUCUGCUACCUUGAUUCUGGCCAAAUCAUUCUUGCUGUGUGACCAGCGAGAAGGGCUAGGUUCCUCUCUCAAGCAAUCAGCUUUCUAUUGAAUUUUGGAUUUGUGUUUGUGACCUUAUUAAUGUCUGACAACCCCCUAAUUGUAGCUAUGGAUUUCCCUGUUACUUCUUCUCUCAUACCAUUGAAAUGUGUGGUCCUUAGUUUCUACCUAUAAAAAUAAAACUGGGUGUGCAGUUUAGCCAGCCCCUCCCCCACUGGUUUGUAGAGAGAGAGACAAGGGUGUGGGAGGUAGAAAGAGAAGAGAAAUUGUUUAAUAGAGAAGGAAAGGAAGGAAGGUAAAAAGAUGUUGCAAGCUGGGCAUGGUAAGCCAGCCUGUUGUCCCAGUAUUGUCCCAGUAGUCAGGAGAAGCAGAGGUUCAAGGUCAGCCUCAUCUAUAGAGUGAGUUUUCUGCCACCUGGACUACAUGAGACACUGUCUUAAAAAAAAUAAAAAAUUUUAAUUUAAAGUUUUCAAAAUGGCAUGUUACUUUAAAAAAGAAACAUAAAAGUGACAACUAGCCUCUGAGAGGAGGUCACGCAGGCAGGCUUAGGCUGGGGACUCGACGCCUAGGCUGUGGCCUAGAACUGUUACAAUUUGCUUUUUAUGCUUCUGUCCUCGGUGUAAGGCUAAAGCUCAGUGGUAGAGCAUUUGCCUAGCCUGUGCAAUACCUGGGCUCAAUGACCAGCAUUCCACAUGCCUGUAAUCUCAGCACUCAUCCAAUGAGGUUGUAGUCUCUUGAAUUCAAAGCCAGCCUGGAAUAUAUAUAUUAUAUCAAGACCCUAAUUCAGCCCCACUCCUCAGUCAGAAAGAGUUCCACAGUCCUCCCAAGACUUUUUAAGCCUGUAUAUUAUACAGUGUAUUUCCUUACUUAACUCUUAACAUUUUGAAAGGUAGGCAAAUUCAAAGCAGUCUUGGAUAGCACCUGACAGUUUUUGUCUUAAAUAACAGUUUCCGAUACAUCCUCAACUUGAUGGUUUGAGAUUUUUUUUUUUUUAAUUUUUUUUGCUUUUUUACCAGUACUAGGAAUUGAACCUGAGAUCCCACACCUACUGGUCAUGUGCUCUGCCAGCAGUAGAAAUACAUUUCAAAGUCAGGUAACCCAUGUCUACAAUCCCAGCACUUGGGAAGUUGAAGAGGAAGCCAUUGUUAGCUAUAUAGUGAGUUUCAAGCCAGCUUGCCUGGGCUGUAGAAUGAAAUGUCUCAGCACACACACACACACACACACACACACACACACACACACACACACACACCCCACACAGACACAAUAUACAGCACACAGUGACAACUUCCAAAAACAGUAAGCAGUUCUCUGUUGGUCUAUUGACAAGAACUUGAGUACUUGACGUCCUUGAAUGGCAGUCCGUAACAAAUAUAAAAAUAUACUCUGCACGUGAUAGCUUUAUUGAGUACUUCAAGCCAAAAAGAGUGACCCUUACCACACAUGAAGAACGUUGGACAUAGGUCUCUACUGCUGUAGUAUUUUAGGGUGUUUUGCAUUUGUAACUAGGCUUUCUCAUCCACUGGCUGCUUUUUUGUUUUCUACUCUUACAGAUCUAGACGCACCUUGAGCUCCUUUUUCCAUGGACUUCUAAAUGAGCAUACUACGUUAGGGUACCACUCAACCCUUUACCACCUGGAGUCUUGGUGCGUGGUAGAAAGUAGUCUAACUUCUUUCCAGGGGACUAGCAAUAUUUGUAUCUUUAUUAUCUGUUUCGGUCAAGUCAGACUGAUGAGGUUUAUUUUGUAAAGAAUUAUAAAAAAGCUUUUGAAAGUCUUUAUUUUUUACAUACAUAUCAUAAGGAAAUGGAAACGUUUUAUUGAGUAUUCCACUGGCUUGAAUAAAUUUUAAGUGAUACGUUGCUUUUAUCUUUCAGGAUAAACAACUGUAGCAGUUAAUGUGUAAAUAACUUAAAAAGCUAUUUUAGUAAUUUAAAUAAAUUACUUUUUGAGUUUGUA